AUGGCGGCGAUGCUGCGACUAUUCGGGCGGCCUACCAGCUCCAACACACAGAAGGUUAUCUGGACCUUGAACGAACUACGGAGCAGGCCCAGUUUCGAGCUCGUUCUGGCCAGUGCUCGCAUGGGUGCUGGCUCGAACUUGCUUUGCGAGAAUUCUGGAGGCAAGCCAUAUGGCAUUGUGGACACGGACGAGUAUGCCAAAAUGAACCCAAUGCGCACCGUCCCCUGUUUGGUGGAUGGUGAGCUUGCAGUUUGGGAAUCGCAUUCGAUUGUGCGAUAUUUGGCGCAGAAGUACUCGCCGGAGCUGCACCUAAGCUCGGUUGAGGGCCUGGCCCGAUGCUCCCCGUGGAUGGACUGGCUCCUCUUCUCCAACUUUCAUGAGUGUAAUCAUGAUCUCAUAGAUCAGACCGCGCGUACGCUGCCGGAGCAACGUGAUGUUGCCAAGAUGACGGAGAGCUACAGAGGUUACGUGAAUCGCUUCCAGAAGGUGGAAGAGCGCAUAGCGCAAACCGGCGCUUUCCUGGUCGGAGACGAAUUCACCAUUGCUGAUAUCGUGGUCGGAGCUGAAGUUUGCCGUUUCAGCUGCAGCAGCUCGCCCACUUGUAGAGCACGUUCAGUUCAUUUCAGUUCAUCGAAUUCAAUGGCAUUGCUAGUGAGAGAGUUUUCAUCGAAUUCAUCUGGCUACGGGCACUUGUCGAGUGGAAGCACGUGCUCGUACCAUGUUUAG